AUGACCGACUUCCAGUCCACAUUCGAAUCAUCGCUCGAUUUCACAAAGCCGAUAGGGUUCGCCGCAGAAAUGAGUGACAACAUCGAUCCAUCCAAUCUUCUCACUUACCAGCCCUCUGACGCCGAAUGGCUGACCAAAGACCCCUUCGAGAUGCUGCCAUGGGACUCGUUCGGUGCGGAUCAGACAUUCAAUCCUUUCACGGAAGCUGCUGGUCUUGUCGAACUCGAUCCUCGCUCUUCGUAUGCAACGAGCAAUCAUGGUUCGCCAGCGGGCUAUGGAGGUUACACGAUCAAGACUGAGGAUGCCAUGUCUGAUACAUCUCCGCUCUCAGACCCGGAGAGCGAGAUGUGGUCUCCGUCACAUAGCAACGACGCCAAAGGCGGCAGCUUAUCCCCCGUUCACACCAUUGGUGUCACCUCACGAACCUCCUCCCAACGAACCUCACAUAACCCGCGAAAACCCUCCAAUGCAUCCACAUCAUCCUCAAUCUCCUCCCCAUCUUCUCCACUCGCUUCACCCAAAUCUUUAUCAGUCUCUUCCUCCAAGAAAUCUGCCCGCUCAAUACUCGCACAAGACACUGAUGCAGCGGCCGUCAUGAAACGGAAAAAAGCAGCGCACAACGCCAUCGAGAAACGCUACCGGACAAACAUGAACGCCAAAUUCCUGGCUCUGGGUAACGCUAUUCCGCGCUCAGGCGGCUUUACAGGUACACAGUUGGCAUCCAAUAGAGGGCCGAGGAAAAAUUCCGUCUGUCAGCCUCGCGGUGGUGGUGCCGAUAAUAGUGCAUCCGGGAGACGACAAUCAGAGCAACAGCAACAGAAUAAGUCCGAAAUCCUCACAAACGCACUACAAUAUAUCCACGAACUGCACGACGAGAAUUCGAGGUUGAAGAGUGAGCUUCUCGUCCUCAAGGAGAAUCUGUUACCGAGAGGAGGGAAUAUGAUGUGGCGGCGAUAG